AUGGGGGGGUUUUUGCGUGAGAUUUGGAAAAGGGGGGGGGAGGGGACUGCAAUUUUGAGAUUGAAAUUGACUGGGUUUUUUUGGUUUUUGGUUGGAAAGUUAGAGGAUGAAUGGUGCUUCCUCAUUGCGUUUGGACAGUUGGAUUGGACAAAAGGACGGAAAAAUGGGUGGAUAUAG